UGAGAUGCAUGGAUUAACAAAUAUAAGGCAUCAGAGCAUUGUCAGACUUUAUGGGUUCUGCUCUCAUCCACGAUGCAUGUUUCUUGUUUACGAGUACAUGGAAAAAGGAAGCUUAGCAAAUAUCUUGAGCAAUCACGCAGAGGUUGUGGAGUUAGAUUGGAUGAAAAGAGUAAAUGUCAUCAAAAGUGUGGCCAAUGCUUUGUCUUACUUGCAUCAUGAUUGUUUUUCACCAAUAAUUCAUCGGGAUAUUUCAAGCAAAACUAUAUUGUUGGACUUGGAACUUGAGGCUCGUGUAUCUGAUUUUGGUAUUGCAAGACUGUUAAAACCAGACUCAUCUAAUUGGACAUCACCCAAAGGAACUCAUGGAUAUAUUGCUCCAGAACUUGCCUACACCAUGGUUUUAACUGAUAAAUGUGAUGUAUAUAGUUUUGGAGUAUUGACACUGGAAAUAAUUAUGGGAAGGCAUCCAGGGGAGCUCAUGUCAUCUCUAACGUCACCAGUUGGCCAAAAGAUGCUAUUAAGGGACAUGUUAGACCCACGUCUCACCUUUCCAUCAGAUCAAAAGGUUGCAAAGGAUGUGGUUUCUGUUGUGAGAAUAGCAAUUGCAUGUUUAUGUAGUCACCCACAAUCCCACCCAGCUAUGCAUCAAGUAUCAAAAGAGCUACUUGGUCUCCGACCAUCAUUUGUGGAGCAUAUUUAUACAAUUACUAUAGGUGACUUAAAUGACAUUGAAGUACAAUACUUGUGAUCGAUGAUUCAUUCG